AUGAAGAAAAACUUUAGGAAUAAAGAGAAAGUCAAGGUUGCUAUUAGGCUAAGACCCUACAUUGACCAAGACCUUCCGAAUAAUAUUGGCCUUGAAGAGCAAAUGGUUCAAGACCGUCACAUUCUUUAUGUACAGGAUGACUGCACAGUUGUGACGAACGCGAAAGUGAAAUAAAGCGCACAGGUUUGAUAAGGUACUUGACGAAGAAGUUACCCAGCAAGAUCUUUAUGAAGAAUGUGAAAUUGACAAGUAUGUCGAUCAUGUCGUUGAAGGCUACAAUGCGACUAUAUUCGCCUUUGGCCAGACUGGGUCAGGAAAAACCUUUACAAUGGAAGGGUAUAAGUAUAAAAUGAGCGAAACUCUUAAUGGAUUUUCUCAGUUUGAAUCAACCCCAGUAGCUAUGACUAGACAGAAUGAGAAUGUUGGAAUUAUCCCCAGAAUUGUUAGCGAGCUAUAUGAGAAAAUUGAGAGAGUGGAGUUUAAGAAGUAUAGAAUUUACUGCUCUUACCUCCAGAUUUAUCAGGAGAAAAUCUAUGAUCUUCUCAAUCCUCUCCAUUCAAGAAAGGAUUAUUUGCAAUCUAAUAAUAAUCAGCAGCCUGAAGGACUAAAACUUCAUUUUGAUGUGAGAAAUGACAGAUUCAAUGUAGAUAAUCUUUAUAAGUUCGAAUGUAAGAAUGUCAAAGAGCUGAUGAACUACUUCCAUUAUGGGCUCAAGAACAAAAUCAUGUCCUCUCACGCACUUAAUGAAGCGAGUUCAAGGUCUCAUUGUAUUCUGUCGAUUACAGUCGAAUCUAUUGAAAGAGAAAAUCCUGAUAAUAUAAUAGUAAGUACAAUGCAAUUGGUUGACCUUGCUGGGUCUGAGCGCUCAAGCCAGACUCUUAACCUUGAUCUGGGUGAGUAUAAGAGCACUAAAUUGAAGAAAGAAGCUAUUGAUAUUAACAAAUCUUUAUUUACCCUUCGACAAGUAGUUUCAAUGCUGAAUAGGUCUGAUGGAGGAAAGGGGAAAUAUAUCCCAUAUCGGGAAUCUAAGCUGACAAGUUUGUUAAAACAUAGUCUUGGAGGGAACAGUUUCUGCCUAAUGAUCGCCUGUAUCUCGCCUAGUAGUAAAUUCUUUAACGAGAAUAUCAGUACUCUUACGUAUGCUUCAAAGGCCUCUUGAAUUUCAAAUAAGCCUAUUAAGAAUCAUGAUCCGAAGAAUAAGGUCAUCUCGGGGCUGAAGAAGGAAGUCCAGUCGCUUAGGAGCCAGCUGAUGAUGGCUCAUAAUUUAAUGGGUAAGAGCAACAACGUCUGCAGUAAGUGUGGCAAAUAGUUUGUCAGAAACAGAGGAAGAGAGCAUUGAUUCUCUGCCUAAUAUGACAUCUGAGCUACAAGAAAACAUUAAUUCCUCUGCAGUUACACCAGCAAGUAGACUACACAAUGCAGAUGGGAAGAAUAACCCAGAACUAGCACUCUCCCGGUUUAACAGUGAGAAACAACCUAAGCUUCCGGAUUUCAAGAAAAUGUUUGAGAAAAAUGAAACGAUGAUGGACAAAAUGACUGAAGAUCUUAUGUCCCUUAAAGAAAUAAUGUCUGCUCAGAACAAACUGGGCUUAUUCGAGAGAAUCCUCCUUAGUGCUAAAAUGGUCAAGAAUGUAUUGAAACGGAAUUUAGAGCUCAACAAGGACUACAUGGAUCAUACACUUCAAAUAGAUGAUCUUCAGAAGAAAUUAUCCCAGUUCCAGCUGGAAAAUGAAGAUAUUAGAGACCGGCUUAGUAUCAUGGAAGCUCUGACCGGUACGGAUUCCUACUACAUCCAGAUGAACUACUCCUCAGUAAAGGAUGAGUUCACAGCCGAUAUGAGUAAGAACAAGAAGGAUAAGCUUGGCAUGCUAAACCAGGACAAGAUGAUUGCUCUCAUAUAUGAAUUUAAUAAGGAAAACUCUAUUCUAAAGAAAAGAAUCGAGAGGAUGGAAAAGAAAAAGAUCAAGAACAAGUUCAUGCAGAUCAAUGACGGCAUGAGCUCUACCGCUUAUUCUAACCAUAAUAUAGGCCAUAACAAGGGUAAGUUCAAGUAUGGCCAUACGAGUGACAAAAUUUUGGAAGAUGCUGAUGACGAUCAGAGCUAUGCAAGAGGGUACAAGUGAAGUUCCUCUCCCAAGUUCGCUGAAAGGCAUUGUGAUGCUGAGCCAGUGAGAUGAGUCAUCGAUGCUGCAGAGAUAAAUCACAAUUUGAAUAGGAGCGGAUAUCAUAAGAAUAGCAGCUAUCAGCUCGAGCCAUUAAGUGGUAAGAAGAAAACCAAGAAUCACCUUGGGAGAAGAGAUAAACUAAUAAAGGAUACGAGAGGAAUUGAUUUCAGACAAUUUGAUACUAUAAAUAGUAGCCUUAUGAACUAUGAAGAUAUGGAUUCACAGAUAAAUCUUGAAAAGAGUAAUAUAAAGAGGAAUAUGACUGCUAUAAGGACAAAAAACCCUAAUUCCCAUUCUAAUCAGUCAAUUUACAAUAUAGCUCCUGAGGACAUUCAGUCAAAUCUUCUGUCCAAAUUCAAGAAGAGAAAACCCCAGAGCAUCAUGGGUAAGUUACCUCCCACUAAGAAGUCAAAAACAAGGAUAAAGAAUUAUCGUCGGCAACUGAACAAUUAUCAGUAA